AUGACGAAGCAGGCGACCGACGACGGCGAGCAGGGCACGGGCGACGACCCCGACUCCGCCAUCGCCCCGGCGGGCGACGGCGCCGAAUCCGAUCCGGCAGACGAGCAUGUCGACGCCACGACGGGUGAGUCCACCUCGGAGGGUGACGUCGACAUGGAUGAGAGGCCCAUCUCCCAGCGCCUCGUGCGCCGCUGCCGCGACGAGAGCAAGCCCCCGCCGUCUUACAGUGGCCACGACGGCGAGCCGACGAGGAAUCGCCACUCCAAGAAGAAGAUCACGCCCAAGGCCGAGUGCACCCGACGCCAUUGCCAAGGCACUGCAGCACGCGGCGCCGGGCACACCAGAAAAAGAAAAUUCUGGUAA